UGAAUGAGAUUGAAGAAGAGUUCUUCUUGUUUUGUAGCUUCAGUUUCUCUGUUUUUUACACAAAUUUACUAAAACUAAAUAUAAAAUACGGCAACAAAAUAAAGCUCCGCGGGAAGGAGCGAGCCGGACUGUUUAUAUGCUGUUAUUCCAUCGUGGAUCGGCUUCUUAUAGAUAUAUAUUUAAUUAAUCUAGAGGAGGACUGCUGCUGAGGCAGCACAGAGGGGUGGAGUCCAGUCCCACAGCCAGGUGCGGCACUUUAAUGCUUCAGUUGGAUGGUUUUCCUACUGGAGACGGUGUUAAGGCUGAUCGAUCGGCUGGCAGACUGACUGGAUCCAUGAUGGAAUUACAGACGUUACAGGAGGCACUGAAGGUGGAGAUCCAGAUCCAUCAGAAACUGGUUGCCCAGAUGAAGCAAGACCCUCAGAACGCAGAUCUGAAGAAACAGCUCCACGAACUUCAAGCCAAGAUCACAGCGCUCAGUGAGAAGCAGAAAAAGGUAGUGGAGCAGCUGAGGAAGGAGCUGUUGGUGAAGCAGGAGCCAGAGGCCAAGCUGCAGCUGCACGUCCAAACUCCUCCAGUAGGCGGCGACAUCAAGCCAGCCAACCUGCUGCAGAGCCAGCAGAUACCUGGAGGACUGCAGCAGACCCUGACAGUCACGCCGGUCCUCACCACGAAGACUCUACCUCUGGUGCUGAAAGCUGCCGCCACGCCCGCCCUGCCCGGCUCUGUCCUGCCACAACGCCCGCCCACUGUUGCUAUGGUAACCACAGCUAUCACCAAACCCGACUCGCAGAACGCCCCCAUCAACCUGCAGGUGGCCAGCAAGCUGACCAAUCAGAGCUCGGAGCCCGUGCGACUGGUAUCCAAGAACGCCAUGGUGGUGCAGGCCACCACCACCACCGCCCAGCCAAUCAAAGUUCCUCAGUUUGUCCCUCCUCCUAGACUGACGCCUCGACCCACCUUUCAGCCACAGGUCAGGCCAAAACCGGCCACACCCACCAACAUCCACAUCGCCCCGGCCCCUCCCCCGCCCAUGAUGGCGGCCCCACAGCUGCUCCAGAGGCCCGUCAUGUUGGCGACCAAGUUGUCAUCCUCGCUGCCCUCGGCGGCUCCCAUCCACCAGGUCCGCAUCGUCAACGGACAGCCCUGCAGCAAGACCGGCACCACCCCGCUGACGGGCAUCGUCAUCACCACACCAGUCUCCACUGCACCCACCCGCCUCGCCAGUCCCGCCCAGGCGCCCAGCCUCACCCCUAUCCUCACCCCGACUCCCGCCCAGCCCAUCCAGAUCAGCAGCCUGACCCCUGAGCCCAAGCAGACUGUUAAACCAGGAGGUGGAGCCGAGCAGAAGGUGGUUGUCACCCUCCCCUCCUCCUCCACUCCCCCGUUGUCUCCUCCUCCUCCACGACCUAAGAAAGAGGAGAGUCCAGAGAAACUGGCCUUCAUGGUGUCUCUGGGCCUCGUAACACAUGACCACUUGGAAGAAAUUCAGAGCAAAAGACAGGAGAGGAAGAGGAGAACGACGGCCAACCCGGUGUACAGCGGCGCCGUGUUUGAACCUGAGAGGAAAAAGAGUGCAGUGAGUUACCUGAACAGCCCUCUGCACCAGGGGACCAGGAAGAGAGGUCGCCCACCCAAAUACAGCAGCGUCCCGGAGCUGGGCAGCCUCACCCCGACCUCCCCCUCCAGCCCCGUCCGUCCCCUCCCCCUGCCCAGCCCCAGCUCUGGGGAUGGAGACAUCCAUGAGGAUUUCUGCACUGUGUGCAGACGCAGUGGCCAGUUGCUCAUGUGCGACACGUGUUCUCGUGUUUAUCACCUGGACUGCCUGGAUCCACCCCUGAAAACCAUUCCUAAAGGCAUGUGGAUCUGUCCAAAAUGUCAAGAUCAGAUCCUGAAGAAAGAAGAAGCCAUUCCCUGGCCUGGUACUCUGGCUAUUGUUCAUUCCUACAUCGCCUACAAAGAAGCUAAAGAAGAGGAGAAACAGAAGCUGAUGAAAUGGAGUUCUGAACUGAAACUGGAGCGAGAGCAGCUGGAGCAGAGAGUCAAACAGCUCAGCAACUCCAUAACAAAAUGCAUGGAGACCAAAAACAGCAUCCUGGCUCGUCAGAAAGACAUGCAUCUCUCCCUGGAGAAGGUCAAACACCUGAUUCGCCUCAUCCAAGCCUUCAAUUUCAACCAGGCUCUGGCAGAGACAGAGGUGAAGGAGGCCAGUGCCAGAGUCCAGGACGGUGCUGAAGUUGCAGUCGGCUCUGAAGCAGCACCAGAAGCUAACUCUGUGGAGAAAGCGAAGGCUGGGAGCUCCUCAACCAGCAGCAGCACUGAUGGAGACAACAAACCAGAGGAGCACGGAGCCGUAGGGAACAACCAGACAACAGGAGCAGCAGGAACAGCAGGAGCAGCAGGAGGAGCAGCAGCGGGAGACACCGACAGCCAGGCUGUCCUAGAAGACAGCGCAGUCCUGACAGCAGAAAACAGCCCUGGUGUGGGGGCAGCAGGGGGUAAGGCAGGGCCUGGUGAUGGGGUAGGGGGAGGGGGUGACACAGGGACUGGCCUUCAGGUGGAGGCUGUGGCGAAGCCUGAGACUGACGCAGCUCCGGUGGUUGACAUUCCCGCUCCCUCAGUGGUCGCGCCUGUUGCCACCACCAACGGUACGGCCGAGCCGGCCUGCCCCGACCACAGCCCCGCAGGAGCCUGCACCACCAACGCCACCACCAACUCUGAGAACAAGAUGGCUGCCGUCAACCCUCCAGAGACAGCGGUGGAGAAGAAACAGGAGGAGGUCACUGACAGUGACGGCAGCAGCAACAGCAACAACAACAACAGCAAAACCUCAGAACCCUCCCAGCAUUCUUUGCCAGCUCUCGUCAGCAGUUUGGACAAUAAAAAGUAAUGCUACGUCUCUGCGGGAAUUCAAACAUAUAUAUUAAAAAAAAAAAAAAAAAGACUUUUGCUUGCACCGUCCGGUGCCCUGAAGUUGCCAAUCUGUAUAAAUGUUGUUUGUUUGCAUUGUAUUGUCAGACUGUGUCAAUGGUAGAUAUACAGCCCAAGUCACAUGACUCUGGGAAGACGUAGGCUGCUCCACCCACAGAGCUGGGCUACAGGAAGGCUUACGCACCAGUGUCAUCAUGCCAAUUAGUGAUAGACGUCAGUGGUGGGAAUGCUCAAAGGGAGAUUUAAUUCAUCAUCACACCAGUGUGUGCCUGUUAUAGUGGCCCCUGUGUUCUCUUGUGGGGGGGGAGGGGGGUGGGUUCACAUGGGCACGGAGAAAACCGAGAACAUGGAACCAAACAUCUGUCAGGGGUUACUGGUCUACAAAGCAGUGUUGUGAUAGAGUAUGAGUACUGAAAAGAGAGCCUGUUCAUUCCCUCGUCCCAACAAACUUAAUGUGAACAACCUUUUACUUCUGCAGUCCCACCACCCCGAACUCCUCUAAACCUCUACCAACAAGUCUUAUCCCUAAACCCUCCUUUGCCUGAUCUUUAACAGACUUCCCCAUCAAAUACAUCUUCAGUCAAAAAAAAACGUUCCUGUCCAGUCCACCAACGAUUCAGUCGAACCUUUCUCUUAAAUCUAAAAAAGCUUCAGUAUGCUUCAAAUGAACUGCGUGUCUUAUGAACACGUCUGAAGGCAAAAAUGUUCAUCUGUUCUGAAUGGCCACACUUGAAGGCGAGGUUAAAACUGUGAGGGAUGUGUUGAAUUCAAGAAAGGGGGUCACAGCUCACAGUUUCAGACAGUCUGUCCUAGAGGACGUCAUGGUGUUGCACUUGUUUGUACACACCAAACAAAAAAGAAAAGAAGGUGAAACCAUUACCACUUUGUCACAGCAGCUCACCUGACCCCUUACUGCAUUAAGGAUGUGAGAUGUCGAAAAUGUGGAGCGGGCUAAUGUCUUUAUACAAACUUCCAUAACUUCACAAACUAUCCACAGUCUACUGAAAACCAUGACCUCUCCCAAUCAACCAGUAACCUCCCACUAAAACUGAAACCUGUCAUUUCCUGUCCGCCAACGAUUCCAAUGUGACCUCCCUCUUAAAUCCAAAAGGUUUCAGUUGCUUCAAAUGAGCAAGUUUGUACAAAGUGUCAUCCGAAUGCCAACACUGGAAGGCGAGUUAAAAAGCUGGUUAUUGUUAUUGGUAAACUUGCACUUGCCUUCCCAGUCCACCAUAAUCCAACGUGACAUCCCUUUUAAACGCCAACAAACAAACUUCACAGCCCUAACCCAUGAACCAACUACUCACCUCUUUCUCUCCAGUCAAUCGAUGACGUUAAAAUUCCCUUAAUGACCAAUAAUCCCAGUUGCAGUUCCUAUGUAUGUCUGGACAUGUCUGGGAAGUCUUGUUCACUUCUGAUGCUGUUUAAUGUGUUUGUUUGAAGCGUACUGAUUCCUUUAGACCAACGUACUCUAACCUCCCCAUCAACCAACAAGUUAAACCUUCAAGUCUUCAGUCAACAGAAAAACCUUUAUCAUUCACUGAUAUAAACUAAACCCAAACUUACCUUCCUUCAGUCCAGCAACAGUCAAAUGUGACCUCCCCUCUAAACACCCAACAGCUCACUAUGCUUAGAGUAAAUUAGCUGAAAUGAAGUGCCCUCUGAAUCUUCACACAGGAAGGCAAAGUUGAAAACUUGUCAGUGUAGAGAUGUGCGAGAUGAGAUGAAUUCUAGAAAUGGGUAUAACAGAGCUCACUGUUGGAUGGUCGCACUCGAUUGUUCACGGUCUCACCACCAGUUUAGGAAAGUUACAAAAUUUGGCGGAUGUACUCCUUCGAUUGCAGCGUCUGAACGGUCAAACAUUGUCAAGUGCUCCAUCAAACACUUUGUUUAUGCCAGCAUCCGUAGCCCCCCGGUCAGUGACUCAGACUGUGUUCAGACAACCAAUAUAUCAAUACAUCAUAAAAGUGUCAUACAAACACGUACUGAUGCCUUUAAACCAACAUCCCCCUAUCUCUAAAACCCAAAUUUACCUUCUUCAUUUGACCGAUAGUGAUCUUAAACCCACAAGGAUUCAGUAUGCUUCAAACAAAUUAGUUUCAACACAGUGAACAUUAUAAAAAGGACUCCUAUAACUCUUCACAAACCCAUGCGACCACAAGUUGUUCCUACCACCAGGAAGUGAGCAGGGCCAGUUUUGAAGCCUGAUUUCGUAGUGGUCAAAUACUGUAAUUGUACCGUCACGUGAUGCCCUGCGGUCCAAAAAGACAUUUUCCCAUAGUCUUACAUGGCAAAAGAGAAAUCAGUGAAUUCAUUUUUCUGAGUGUCACAGUCCCUGCAAAGUGACUAGUUUCACUAUCAAAAUUUGAUCCAUUCGGCCUAAUAACAUUUGCAAAGUGUACAAGACAAAUUAGCUGAGCACUAAACCAGAAGUAGCCGUCUUGUCAUCUGUAGUGCGCUUACUCUAUGGGCCACACAGUGUGGAAGCACCUCUUUUUUUAUACCUGGCAAUUACCAUUUUGGGGCCUUGCCUCCAACACUGUAUCUAGGAUUCUUUAUUCAUCCAUGGCUCCUAAUCCCACAGGUGCGUUUCCCAUAAUUCCACCACUGCCAGUGUCAUACCGAAAUGACAAAAUAGGUCCGGUAAAAAACAUGUGGUUAACACUGUGAAACGGCCGCUGUUGCACUUAAAAAGAAAAAGGAAUUUGAAAAAAGAUCAUGGUUUGGGUUUUAAAAAAAGCAUGUUUCUUACUAAGGUAACUUGACAUGGUUGACUUUUGGCUUCACAUAGGACAUGAAGAGGGUCAAAGUCUGGUGUUUGUUUGAAAGGUCCAUCCACCCCGACCUCCUCCCUAUGCAGACUUCGUCACUCUUUCUACUACCUUAUUGACUUCUGCCUUUGCUCACAUCAUAAUUACUAUGGCCACUAGAGGUCGCUGCCUAACAAUAAAAGUAGAUAUAGGCCAUGAGAAGCUGCUAUGUGGACAGUCUCAAACAUUGUCAAGUGCAACCCCCACAAUUUCAGACAUCAGGAAAGGUGUGGACAGGCACCAUGUUUGAAGCGUACUGACGAUUUUAAACUGACUAACUUGCAAAUCAGUCUGUGAACAGUGAACACUGACCUGUAGCCUUCACCUGGUGACUAAAACCCAAACUUCCCCAGUCCCCCAACAAUUUGACGUCCUUCUGGAACCCGAACAACCCUCAACCACAAACUGAAGACUCUUCCCUCUCCCAAUCGAGCAAUGACCAAACGUCCCCUAUCAACCAACAGUCCCAGUUAACUCCCCCCUCCCCCGUCUCCUCCCUCCCCGCCUGUAUCCCUGAGCUCAGGCAGAAAAGACGCAGGUACGGAGGACGAGGUGGAACAGGUGCCGUAGCCUAACAGAUGUUUUCAGUGGUGUCGGUCAAGUGUAGUGAUUGAGUUUUCAUUCGUGAGUCAAGUGUGUCAACUGUGAGCACUAAAUGUGAAAUUGCAAUAUUGCAAUGUCAACACACACACACAUACACACACACAAACACACACAAACUAUAUCUGGGCUGUGUUUCUUUUUUAUAGGAAAAGAUAUUCAGGUCUUCCUAGUCUUCAGAAUAAGUGCUUUCUGUUCCUGAACCUGCUGGACUGGCAUUAUCAACACACAAAGGAGUGGUGAUCUUUGCAUUAUGUACAUUUCUGUUGAAUCCUGAACUGCCAAAAUGAUGUUGUAUCCAAAUUCAGCAGGGACAAGUCCACUUACUGUAUGGAAAGAUCAAAUCAUUGGCGUUGUUGUAAGAUAAAGAUGACGAGACCAUUUCAGAUAUUGGAAGUCCCCAGAUUGAGACAGGAGAGCUUAUUAAACAAUAACAUUAGAGGAACUUCUUUUUCCUUGAGGUGGAGGGAUUUGUUGUAUGAACCUUCAGACGGAUCUCAAAGGACAAUACCACAAAUCCUGAGAUUAAAGCACAAGCUUGCUGCAUUACAAAGAAGUGCUGAAGAGCUUUUUGUAUGUUAAUAUGGAAUUAAACAGAGUAUGCAUCUCUUUGUUGUGAUGUGACUUAUCCCCACAUUGCCAAUAUUUUUCUAGGAGGAAACACAAACCUCUGUCUGACAUUAAGGCUCAAGUCUAGUUCAUAUAUUGUGGAGGAGGAGGAGGAGGAGUUGUUGGUCUCCUCGUGCAUCUCUUUUCUUUCUGGAGCAUGUCUGGGCUGAAAUGUGAUGCUGUUCUUUGUUGGCUUGGUGGCUGUCAGUUGGGGUCUGUCUUUGUCUGGUGAACUGAUCAUGACUUCUGGCUUCUCGUUGGGUUCGGGGCAUUAACAAACUCUGGUCUGUUCAUUAACGGUGCCUCUGGUUGUGCUUUUUCUGUUUCUUUCUUUUUGCAUUAUUGGAAGGUUUUUGCUUAAAUUUCAGUCGUCCAAAAACGUAUUCACCCCUGAAAGUGUUCAAGGUUCAGCUCUCCAAAGUUUUUUAUGUUGAAAUACUUUUAUUACGUGUCAUCUGUUUUUUAUUGAUGAGGAAUUUGUAGCCAUGCUAGCAGCAUCCAUCUCCGACAGUCAGUCCACCGCUUUGGUCCAGAAUAAAAUAUCUCAACAAGGAUGAAUUAUAAUGAAAUUCGGGUCAGACAUUCGUGGAUGACUCCUGACUUUGAUGAUCCUCCGCACCUUUUACUUAGCGCCACAGUAAAACAGCUAUUGGAUGGAUUUUCAUGACAUUUAUUACAGAUAGCCGUGGUGCCAAGAGGACAAAUCAACCUAAUCGGCAAAAUAAAUGUUGUCAUUGUACGGGUUCUGCAAACCAUGGAUAUGUGACAUAUGUACAUUGUUACGUAGCGGGAAUGUUGAAAGGUUACGCUUCUUCAUGUUUAAACAGGGCUGUGGUUUACGUGUGAUAGAGCUUUGAUUGUUUGCCCAAACCCAAUUUGGCCGACUCGACUGGCCAGGUUUGGAUCUUGGACCGGGUCAGAUUCUCACCAAUUUACAGGUGUUUUUGUUUGUUUGUUUGUAUUUGUGAAACUGGCAUUUCUUGUGUGUAAAUUAAUGAUGGGACAAUGGAGGAAUGGAGUGAAGAACUGGGGGACAGUGAUAGCUAGAGAAAGACAGAAAGGAGACGAAGAGAAAGAGAGGAGGGCUGCAAGGCGACUUG